AUGGAGGUUAUCACUCUUCUCCAAGGAGACGAAGACUCUCAUCUUACACCAUUUUUCAUGUGCCACGCCAUCUCAGGGCUCGCACUACCCUUUCUCCGCCUCGAAGCUCUUAGCGAAGAUGAUGAGAGGCCAGUAUACGGCAUUACUUCCCCUAUGCAUUGCCCUGGAGGCGAUGACUUUGAAUUUCCCGAAACAUUGCGAGACCUCGCUGCACUCUACGUCGAGAAGAUCAAAGAAGUCCAACCAAUGGGCCCUUACUUAUUAGGAGGAUGGUCAAUGGGCGGUAUGAUCGCCAUGAACAUGGCCAUGGUUCUGCGCGACCAGGGAGAAAAGGUUACAAAGGUAAUCAUGCUCGACUCGGCCAACCCGGAGACCUUCCCCUCGUUCCCCAGCGCCAAGGAUCACCGCUCUCUCACCCACCUCACCUUUACCAGGACCGUUGCUGCCGACAUCAGACUGAUGGACGCCGACUGUUCUCCCAUCGGGUCGCCCGUCAUCAGCGAGAGCGAGUUCGGAGACUACCUGACCCCUAAGGUCUCAUACUCCAGCAGCACUUCGAGCGAUUACGAAGAUGAUAGCCCGGCUUGGUCCCCGAGUACUCCAGGGUCACCAGCUUGCAGCAGUGACGCCGGAUCAGAAUACUGCCCCGAGCAAAAUCGAAUGCUGGAAGACUUUCCUACCGAGGAUCAAAUCGACGCCGAGAUCCUGACAGCAGCUCACGACCUCGAGGUCGCCAAACACGAAGAUGGAGAAGAAGGCGACGAGGACGAAGAAGACGAAGAAUUGGACGACGACAACGAGCCAGACCAGGUCCGUGACUUUCUACAAAAGAUCAAGAAGCACAUCCACAAGGGCCUCGGCCUCAUCUCAACCGUCGAGCCGGGCCAGCUACUCCCCAAGGACGGCGUCUCCGAUUUCCACACCGUCCUCAUCAAGUGCAAGCCCGACCCGUUCGACGACCCCAACCUAACCCAGCGUGAGCGCGAGGGCGUCAUCUUUGUCCGCUCCGUCAUGCGCGAGAAGGCCAUGUGCUGGGAGGCGGACAAGUUUGCCAAGUUUGAGACGGUGCCCUUCAGCGGCGACCACGAUGGCGCGUUUGAGCCCCAGCACGUGGGCGAGCUGAGCGGUAUUUUCAGAAAGUGUUUGCAGGGUCUGGCAUGA